UUUUUUACACCAUUUUUUUAAAACCCUAGCAAAAACCGCAAAAUCCCAGUUCCACCGACUCUGUGUGAGCAACCUAAUACCGGUUUAGCGCUUCGGUUACGCUCCUGAGAACAGAGCACACGUAACGCUCUCCGUCUCUCUCGGUCCCCACUUCCGAUCAAUGGAGGUAGUGGUGGCUUCGUCUUCAGUCGACGCCGGCAUUGGCUGCUGGGAGCUACAGACGGGGGCGGAGCAACACCGUUACAAACCUUGCGCCUCUCCACCUCACGGCCUCGUCUGCGUUGGCCAACGCUUCCUCGCUUCCUCUCAGCUCCGUGAACCCUCCGCCUCCUCCGGCUCCAUCCUCUACUGGUCCUGGUCCAAGCCUCAAGCAGAAGUUAAGAGCUUUCCAGCGGAACCGAUCAAGUCGCUCGCUGCUAACCGUGAAGGCACUUACAUUGUUGGUGGGGGUGUAUCUGGGGAUAUUUACUUGUGGGAGGUUGCGAGUGGCAGACAGCUCAGGAAAUGGCAUGCUCAUUAUAGGGCUGUUACUUGCUUGGUAUUUUCCAUUGAUGACUCGCUGCUAAUUUCCGGUUCACAGGACGGAUCCGUUAGAGUUUGGUCCCUUUUCAUGAUAUUCGAUGAUGUAAGACGGCAGCAAGCUGAUCAUCUAUAUGAGCACAGUUUUUCAGAGCACACUCUGCCUGUAACUGAUCUGGUAACAGGAUAUGGAGGAUGCAAUGCCAUUAUAGUGUCUGCUUCUGAGGAUCGAACGUGUAAGGUCUGGAGCUUAUCAAAGGGGAAAUUAUUAAGAAAUAUCGUAUUCCCUUCAGUAAUUGAUGCAAUUGCACUUGACCCUGGAGAACAUGUCUUCUAUGCUGGCAGCUGGGAUGGCAAGAUAUACAUUGCUGCACUUAAUGCAGAAAGCACCUCUAACAAGAAAUAUGGGUUGCAUAUCAUAAAUUCAUUAUCGAAUCACAGCAAGGUUGUUACUUGCUUAGCAUAUUGUGCAAGUGGAAAUCUAUUAAUUUCUGGAUCAGAGGACGGUGUCAUACGAGUUUGGGAUGCUAAAACUCACAACAUUGUUCGGGUGUUCAAACAUGCCAAAGGUCCUGUGAACAAUAUUCUUGUUGUUAGACAAGAACUCUAUUUUAAUUCUUGGCCAAAUUCGCAAGCUUCCUCGAGAAGGCAUGGGUCAUUAUUACCGCCUGCGCUGGAUAAAUAUGCAAAUCCAAUAGAUGAAGAUGCCAAUGUUAAGGCUAUCAUUGGUCUCCAGUCUACUUGCAGAAAAUCAAUCGAUGAUUCGUACUUAAGUUCUCAUGUGAUCAAUAAUCAAAUCAAAGAACUUCAGCAACAAGGUUCUUCUGCUGCUGCUGAGAUGGAGAUGGAAAGACAAAAGCUUGAUUGUAGAAGAUCUAUGCAAAUGGUUCAGCAGUGGAAAAAAAUGUAUGAAAACUUGCAUCAAUUCUGUGUAAAUGAGCUUUUGGAUGGUGAUCAAGCAGCAAUCUCCAAUGGGAAUCCCCCGUGAGACACUUGUUUUCUUUUCCAAAACAGCUCCUGAGUUAAUUUUAAAGAUAUGAAGUGAUUCAAGUUGCUGCAUGUCCGAGGGAUGGAAGACAUCCAAUUGAUACAUCUCCCAUGGUUUAACUAUCGAGCAAAUUCUAUAACAUCUCCUAGAAUUUAUGAA